GCUGCGGCUCCUAAUUCAAGUCAUAUGUCUGGAAAUGUGUAUUGGACACGGUCUCUGCACUCUCUUGGGCUUCAGAGCAGGAAGGAGUUACAUACGCGGACUGCGUUCACUUAAACGCGAGGAAUACUUGAUAUUUUCUAACCAGUGACCAUUCCGUCGAUGAUUGUUUUGUAUUUGAUGCUAAAAUACAAAUUGACAAAGGUUAAUAAGUCUUUUGUGUAUCUGAUCGUCAGCGAGGGACGAGGAUGUGCAGCCUGCGGUGAGCUUUUUGCCAGUAUUGCUACCUGUCCACCUGCCUGCGUGUGCUCCCGCCGUAAUACGGACCAGCAUGAGCGUACUGCCCCCUGUUCGGAAGGACCGAAUAAUCACUGAACUUCCUAGGUGCUUUACCAAGGAGGCCGCGCUGCAUACCAAUGAAACGUUUCACGCCAAAGUGAAGACCGCCUGCCAAGAUCAGCAGAUGGGUGGAGCAGGGUUCACGGUCUGCAAGGUCAUUGUUGUGGGUGACGUGGCUGUGGGGAAAACCUGCCUCAUUCAUAGGUUCUGUCGGGACACCUUUGAGAAAAGCUACAAAGCGACCAUCGGUGUAGACUUUGAGAUGGAGAGGUUUGAGGUGCUGGGCGUGCCCUUCAGUCUUCAGCUGUGGGACACUGCUGGUCAGGAGCGCUUCAAGUGUAUUGCUUCUACAUACUAUAGAGGAGCUCAGGCCAUGAUAAUCGUGUUUGAUGUGAACAAUGCAGCCUCCCUGGUUCAUGUGAGACAGUGGCUGGAAGAUGCCAUGAAGGAGAAUGACCCCUCCAGUGUGCUGCUGUUUCUGGUGGGCACCAAGAAAGACCUGAGGUCUCCAGAUCGGUUCUCCGAGAUUGAGCAGGAAGCCAUCAAGCUCUCUGCGGAGAUCAGAGCAGAAUACUGGGCUGUGUCUGCCUUGUCAGGGGAGAGCGUGAGAGAGUUCUUCUUCCGCGUGGCAUCGCUCACCUUCGAAGCGAGCGUGCUGGCCGAGCUGGAGAAGACCGAGUCCAGGCGCACCGAGGGCAUUGUCCGAAUAACAAAUGACUCCAUCGACGUGGGUCUGAAGUCGAAGAAGAAGCGUUCCGGCUGCUGCCAGUGAUGCGGAGGACUGCCGCAGCUGAAUAUCCUCCUCGGAUCUCGGGCCGGGAGAUAAGAACAAAACCAAAGACGACCAAAGCGUGACCCGAUGUGACGGCACGUGAUUGUUAGUACGAAUAACGAGCAAGGCUGAAACCGGAACGUAGGCUAAAAACUUGGAAAACUGCUGUGGUCGCCACAUGAGCGCUUGGAGGGAGAUUAAAUAUUUCGAGCGUUGGUCCAUCCCGUGCCGUCCGUGUAAUUUUUCGUCCUUGUAUUCUUCUGCUUCCUGCCACUGCUGUUGCGAGAGAGAGAGAGAGAGAGAGAGAGAGAGGUAAUUGCCAGUGGCAGGAGACAGGCUGUUUCUCGUGCCUCUUUUUGACAAACUCUACGAAGUGCAACAGAGGACAACGUCUUACUGUUGUGAGAGGUCUUCUGGUGCCUACUCUUUAUGCUUCUCACAUGUGGAGAUAUAAUUUGCAGUCUGUGCUUACGAUGAUGCCACAUGUUCUUGUGAUUAAUGGGCUGUAUCAUAUCUGUGGCCAUAACUGCCCCGUGGAGGCGCAAGGCCACCUCCUAGACCUCUGGCUUCCCACGUCAGGAAAAACAUCUAGAGCUCACAAUGUUGCCCUUUGAGAUGCGAUGACAGUUGAGCCAUGUGACCAAUUCUGCCUUGUUUUUUUUCGCAAUGCUCAUUUUGGUGUUUUGGGGUCAAGAGUUUCAGUGCUUAUUGGAAUUAUUUGCAUUCCGAACUUUCUUUUCAAGGCGAUACUAUGCAGGGUUAUUGCUUUUUUUAAUAAUGAAGAGCACUGUAUUUUCACAGAGUAUUUAUCCCACAUGAUUUAGUAGUUUGUCCCUUUAGUUGGAAUAUUUAA